UUACCGGUAUUUAUUUUACCUGUCCAUAAUUUAAAUCUAUAAUAUACUACGUGUACAACAAACUGGCAGAUUAUGACAAUUUUAUAAAAUUAAUCUACAUAGCAAUCAACUGCUCCAACACGAAGCAAACUCGACAUGGAUGAAUCAAACGGAAACAAAAUAAACGAUAACAUUGGAAUAUCUGACCGGAAUAAUGGCGGACAAAAUGAUGAGAAAGACAAUAAAGAUGAUACUGGAGAGGUGAAUGUAUGUUCUUUUAAUAUGGAUUGUGGUGCAAAAUGUGAAUUGGAACACGAAGGAAUAAAUGACAACAAGGUGCAAGAAAAUAGACCGCCAUCGACAAAAGAUACAAAUAGAGAUGUUGACAAAGAGGCGAGUCUAACAUUACCAGUGGAAUGGGACAACACGGCAGAUAUUCCAACUUUACACUUUUCAUUUAUUAUAAACCUACUUCUGCCUAAGCAUUUGAUAUCGAAAAGAAACCCAAAAGUAGAACAAGAAAUUGACAAACUCAAUACUAGAGGUCGUCAGCAGUAUGGAGAAGAUCCGCCAUCAAAAUACAUUGCCGUUGGUAGUAGUGCAGAAUGUUACGAAAUUCCACGAAUGAUCUCAAAAGAACCUCUUAAGAUGCCAAUAGGUGUUCAACACAGUGACAUAGAUGUUCUUGUGGCAUGGAAUUCGCGACGCAUUAGAGAACUCGACCUUCAAGCUUCUGAUAAACAAAAAGUUGUUUUAGAAAUAGAAGAAGUACAUCCGGGCUACUGUAGACUGUAUAUUAACGAUCCAGAAUCUGUUCUUCGGGGAGUUGAUCCAUCGACUGCAAUAUGGGUUGAAAAAAGGGGAUUUUUUAAUGCAAAAAAAGUUAGAGAUGAUAUCAAAUCUUUAAUGGAUCAAAUUGGUUUUGAGCAAUCAACCGAUAAAUUUAAGUUAAUUGUAGAUCAGAAAGGUCCAGCAGUUGGACUUGAAGACAUCACUGCAAGAACUUUAAAAUUGUUUCAAUCGAGUACAAGCUUGCAACAUCCUCGACAAGAGAUGGUUGCCGCAUUACCAAUCUCGUGGCCCAAAAUUGCAAAUAAUUGGACGUUUAGACAGAGAACAAACAAUUGGUUGUCAGAUCCGUUAAUAAAAUCUAUUGUUGACGAAGGAUGCCAUGUUGUUCCUGUUUCACACCGACACACCAAACAUCCUGACAUAGAAUGGAGAUUGUCGUUCGCAACGUCAGAAGUAAAGUUAGCUAAAGACGUUGUAACAGAUGACCAAAGACAGUGUUAUGUAUAUUUGAAAUUACUUCGACAAGUAAGAAUGAAAGGCUUGGAUCUCCUCUCUUCCUAUCACAUGAAGACAGCUUUUCUUUACUCCUGUGAACGGCUUCCGACUGAGUGUUGGCAUGAAAAUCAAGGAGGAUGUAUUUUAUACGUUCUCGAUACGUUGAUAGCAUUUGUAAAAGACCGAUGGCUUCCUAGUUAUUUCAUACCAGAAAAUAAUCUUCUUGAUCAUUUAACUGAAGAUGAAUUCAAUCACCUUGAUAUUCUAUUAGCUUCAAUCCGAACGGACCCAAUAUCUCCAGUGUUAGAGUUUACAGACACCAACAUUAUUGCAAACCAAAGUGCUGUGCUACCAUUUAGACAUUUUAUUGGACCAGUUUUAGAUGAUUUUAGAAGGUUCAAAGUUCACAGGAAUAGAGAGGAAUCAGCAAAAGAGUUUAUUCAAACACUUAUUUCAUUUGUUGCUGCACUUUUAGUUGAUGAUAAAGUGGAGGAUUCAGUUCAUUAUUUGGCAGACCUUUACGACUUCCUAGAAACAUGCGCACCAUCUGAUUGUUUUAGCAAAUAUUUAUAUUCCUUUAUUUCCCAAUGGAAAAUAGUAACACAGUGCAUCAGGUGUCUUGAGGUUUCCGUUGAUUUUUACGCAAACAAAUAUCCGGAUAUUAGAAAUGUGAAUCAAUACCUUGGUAACUUUUACCAUGCUUAUUCAUUUCAACAUCUGAAGGAUUCUCAAAUAAGCCGCCAACUACUUUCAAAGGCAACUGACUAUUUCAAUCGGUAUAUGCAAGAGAAAGGAUUGUUAGACUCUGUCAGUGUAGAUUUUGCUCUCUGUAACUUGGCAGCUGGACGCACCGAUAUGUGCAUUUCUCAUUUGAAGGAUUAUGUCUAUAGUAGCUGCGACACCCAAGACAAUUAUACUAAUAUCAACGAUACAAAACUCAUAACAUUAGAGAAAACUCUGAGAAAAGAUUUAAUCAGCCUGGUUGGAGACCCUAUUAGAAUGAUUAAUUUGCCGUCUUUUCCACUUGCGUUAUACCUGUUGUUAGUCGCAUGCCAAGCUGAUAACAACAUUAAAGGUUUACCUGAUGAAAUCUUAGAUAAAUUUCAACACUACUGUCAGCAAUCUAACACGUUUUGGAGUAACUACUUACAUGGUCUUUUCUUAACACAUUUACAACUUUGGGAAGAAGCUGAAGCUGCUUUUCACAAAGCGAAUACAAUUACCGGAUGCCAGUAUUCAAGGUGGAAAGAAAUUGCAUGUCAUAUUGAGAAUCUGUUGUAUAAAGGAAAGCAUUCAGAAAUCAUUGAAUAUAUGGAAGAUAUUUCUACUAAAGCAUCUGGUGCAAGUCGUGAUGCUGUGGUUAACAUAGUAGCAUUUCAGCUCAGUUCAGCAAGUAAAGCAGUCCAGUUUACCGACAACCUGGAAGAUUUGAAUCUAUCAACGUUUAAUGGAAAUCUUGCAUGUUUACAUUUUGCAUCAGCAUUUGAGUAUCCAGAUGAAUCAGAUGAAAGAAUAACUGCUUUAGUCAGAGCUGAAACAUUGUUCUGUACAUUCCUAUCAGAAAUACCGAAUGCAGAGUCUGCUACUACGGUGGACUAUGCUGCAUUUCUUUGUAACCAAGAAAGAUGGUCGGAAGCGAUCGAUAUUCUAGAUUCGUUUCUAUCUAAGGCAAAUACAAAUAAAUGUAGCAAUUCUUACGGAACUAUGGAAUAUCUCACACUCGAUGAUUUUCUUAAAAAGGAAGUGGAUACUCACACUAAAAUGGAAGCUCCCUCAAGAUCAUUUGCCUAUUAUUAUACUAUCAAAUGCCUAGUGAAGUUAGGGGAACCAGAUCAUAAGAUAAAAGGUGUCAAAGCUGCAUUCAGUAAGUUCUGUGCAGAGAUUAAAAACAGCAGAUCAUUCAGUCUUCUUGGAUACAGUGAGAUGCUUAGGGAAAACUGGUACAGGGCUGAACAUUGGUUUUGCAAAGCUGUUGAAAUUGCAUGGGACUAUACAGCUGCAAAACAAAAUUUUAAUUUGUGUAAAUCGAAAAGGUCAUCGGAUAUUAAUGAAAAGUACGAGGAGAAAUAUAUUCCUCUCUGUGUAGCAGCUGAAUUGAAUGGGAUUAUGCCAUUGCAAAUGUAAAACAAUAAUAAAAUUAGAGCUGAAUAAAAUCAAACUCUAUUUCAAUGACUGAUCUUAUGUAACUGUAAAUAUGAUAACAUUAUUUCAAAACUAUCAUAUGCAUUUGUAUUCCUACAUUUAUGCAGUGUACAAGCCCUUUCGCAAAGAUAUAAACCCCUGCAGAAAAUGGAAGAAGAGAGGCACGGGUAACAAAUAUGUAGGUACAAACUGCAUGACAAGACUACAAUAGACUUAAACAAGUGUACUCUGUCACAUUUGUUAUGUAGAUAUAAGAAAAUGUGGUAUGGGUGCCAAUUAGACAACUCUCCAUCCAAGUCACAAUUUGUAAAAGUAAACCAUUAAAGGUCAAAGAACGGUCUUCAACACGGAGCUUUCAAACAUUCUGGCCUCCAUCAUCACUCAAUAGACAUUAAUAGUUGACAUGCAUAAUUGGUGCAUUGAAAUUUUUAACAUUAAUGUCAAUAUUACAAAUGGGUCGAAACCUCUGCUGGUGAAUUGUCAAGACACCAAGGGGUACAAGCAAGAAAUAAAUCAAGGCAGCAGCAGAUUUUAAAUACCACCAAAGGUAAUUGUAUGUGAGAAGAACUUACAAGUAGUAUUAUGUAUUCUUCAUAUAGCAAGAUCAUUGAAACGAACUGAUAUAACCAUAUUUUGUUUUGCCAUAAAGAGACAACGAUUAAGGUUAUAAUAGCAAUGCUGAAGUGAAGUCAUUGAAUCUUGUAUUCUGUGGAAUAAAUAUUGAUUCACUUAUUUUGUUCUUGGAAUCAUGACCAAAAAUUGUUCAGUUAUUUUCAGAACUAUUCACAUUUGCUAUUGAAAUUGUCAUGGACCUUGUUUCUCUGCACUAAAUUUGUUAUGAUGUUCAAAACCUACUUUUAUAGACGUAAUACAAUAAGGAUUUUUCGCAUUAUUGAAGGCUGUAUGGUUGCCUAUAAUUGCUUACACCCACUUCAUUUGAACUUUGGUGGAUAUUUGUCUCAUUGGCAAUCAUACCACAUUUUCUUUUUUCAUAUUUAAAAAUAGAACUUUGGUGGAUAGUUGCCUCAUUGACAAUUAUACCACAGUUCCUUGUUUCAUACUCAAAAUAAAGUUUCUGAUAUAAGAGUGUCACAAGUCAUAAUUUACUAGUAUACUCAAGAAAGUACUCAUUAGUUUACUUUAAGCAACCAUGUGCAUUA